AUGAUUCUGGGAGGGGGGAGGCGGGGCAGGGCUGGGGAGUGGGAAAUAUCGGGUCAAGAUAAUGAUAUCGCAUUACGGGCACUCUUGUAUAUACACACAUAUAUCUACCGAACGGGGGUUUCUACGGAGUUUUGUUUAUUAACCAACACAACACACAAACACACACACACACACACACACAUAACAUAA